UUUACCGACCUCUCAAUCGCUUCAAAUCCAGCCCCCUCUCUCUUCCCCGCAUCAUCUUGGCCCAAAGCCUCUCUGGCUUUUAUCUCAUCCUCUCUCUAAAUACACAGAAAUCAACGAAGUUCACAAAUCGAUCUUCCGUAGCUCUUUUUUGAGAUCGGUUUGAAGAAAUUUAGUUGAGAAAUCAUGGCACAGAGGACGGAGAAAGAAGAGACAGAGUAUAAAGUACCUGAAACCUUGACGCUCUGCGUCAAUAAUUGUGGAGUUACCGGGAAUCCGGCGACCAAUAACAUGUGCCAGAAAUGUUUUAACACGACCACGGCAAGCACCACCAAUAGCUGCACGUCCACCGUUGCAUCAACCGUGUCCGGAGGUGGAGUAUUGAAGUUCUCGUCAUCAGGCGAGAAGAGCACGAGAUCUAGCCAGAAACGAGCAGCGGAGCAGCCAGAUCUGUCCCCGGAUGCAAUCGGCAGGCGGAAGCCGACUCCAGAUCGGGCGGAAUCUGGUGCGGCGACGGAGAAGGAGACGGACAAGAGAGUGGUGAACCGAUGCUCCGGAUGUCGGAGGAGAGUUGGUCUGACCGGAUUCCGCUGUCGAUGCGGGGAGCUCUUCUGUUGGGAACACCGGUACUCCGAUCGACACGAUUGCAGCUACGAUUACAAGGCGGCCGGUCGCGAGGCUAUCGCAAGAGAGAAUCCGGUUGUCAAGGCUGCGAAGAUCGUCAGAGUCUGAGUGGUUUGGUGAAAAAAUUCAGAAAUUCUCUGUCGCUUAUCGACGGAAUACAAGUCAAAGAUUCACCGACGGAGAUCGGAUCUCUUCUCUCCCAAAAGACGAUGCCGAUUUAGAGAGAAAAAUAUGGAAUCAAAAAUCGUUUGUCCCUCAUGAUCAUCGAAGAUCAAAAUUUCUCUGAUUGUUCGUGUGCCAUUGAUCCAUAAUUUUUUUUUAAAUUUUAUUUGUUAGGAAAAAAGAAACUGCUAUCAGCUAUGGUUUUGGUUUUCGUUUGUGAAACUAGAUUAUUAAUUAUAAUUAAAAUUAUUAUUAUUGUAUUUUCAGAA